UUCCACCAUUUCCGCGGGAGCCAUGGCUUCAUUGGCGGUUUUUCCCCCAACUCAGAACACAAGCCAAACUCUCUCUCUCUCUCUCUCUCUCUCUCUCUCCAUAACUCUUUCUUCGCCUUAGAAAAAACGAUUCAGCCAUGCUAAAAACAACUCAACUUGUUGCACUUUCUCAUUUCUCACUUCACCCAUGCCUCUCCAGCCAUGAAUCAAAUCCAAUCCCUUCAAUUAGGGUUUAAGAAUCUCUUCAAAGUGCAGUGGCUCCUGGGAUUUUGAGAGUUUCGAGCUCAAUGAGGUCUAAACGAAACGUUUCGAGUUCUUCAAAUUCCCUGCCAACAACGUCUGAGGACAACAGAACGGGUAAAAAGUUGAAACCAUUAAUGGGUACAAAACCAAAUCAACAGAAGGAGCCUCUUCUCAAGGAACGUGCUGUAGAAAGUUCCCCUGUGGAGAUUGAAGGUUUUAAGGAUGACCCAGAAAAAAUCGAGAAGAUGACAGUCCAGGAACUUAGAACAACAUUGAGGAGUAUUGGGGUCCCUGCUAAAGGUCGUAAACCAGAACUUGUAUCCGCCUUGAAGUUGUUUGUGGACCAGAAGAUAAAUGGUGAAAGUUCUCAGAUAGAAGAAGAGCAAGCAUUCUCCAUUUCUGCUAAAAGCGUAUAUGAAGAAGACCAAGUUCAAAAUGUCAGCACUGUCUUGGAGGCCCAAGAACUUAAGAGGAGUAAGAGAAGGUUAAAACAGUCGGGAGGUGAAGGGAGUGCUGUCGGAUUCAACCUUAAAGCUGUCACAACAAAACAGAAGCUUUCCAUAAAAUCUGUUGGGGUUUCAGGCGGAAAGGUCUCUCAAACAGAGACUAGAACAUCUUCAGAAACUAUUAGUGUUAAAGCAGACUAUAAAUCGGGAAUGCCCCUGGUGGAAACGGAACCUUGGACGGUUCUUGCACACAAGAAGCCUCAGAAACAUUGGAUUCCGUAUAAUCCUAGAACCAUGAGGCCCCCUCCUCUUUCUAGUGAUACAAAGUCUGUGAAGCUUAUGUCUUGGAAUGUAAAUGGUUUGAGAGCAUUACUAAAGUUAGAGGGAUUCUCUGCACUUGAACUCGCCCAAAGGGAAGAUUUUGAUGUAUUAUGCUUGCAGGAGACCAAACUGCAGGAGAAGGAUGUCGAAAAGAUUGCUUGUUUGAUAGAUGGCUAUCCGAAUAACUUCUGGACCUGUAGUUCUGGCAAGCUUGGUUAUUCUGGAACUGCAAUUAUUUCCCGAAUGAAACCACUUUCUGUCAGAUAUGGCCUUGGCAUAUCAGAUCAUGAUGGCGAGGGACGGCUAGUAACAGCUGAAUUUGAUUCAUUUUACUUAAUUUGUGGAUACGUUCCUAAUUCUGGAGAUGGCUUGAGAAGACUGACAUACAGGAUUACACAAUGGGAUCCAUCUCUCAGCAGUUACAUGAAAGAGCUUGAAAAGUCGAAGCCUGUCAUUUUAACUGGUGACCUGAAUUGUGCUCAUCAAGAGAUAGACAUAUAUGACCCAGCAGGAAAUAGAAGAAGUGCUGGCUUUACGGAUGAAGAACGGCAAUCAUUUGAGAAAAACUUCUUAUCUAACGGAUUUGUGGAUACCUUUCGAAGGCAACACCCCGGUGUUGUUGGAUAUACUUACUGGGGUUAUAGGCAUGGCGCACGCAAAACUAAUAAAGGGUGGCGUCUUGACUACUUCCUCGCCUCAGAAUCCAUAGCUGACCAGGUUCACGAUUCAUACAUUGUCCCUGAUAUUCAUGGCAGUGAUCAUUGUCCUAUCGGUCUUGUACUCAACUUGUAGCUGAAAAAAUCGGCUCCAAAACCGAUUUUUAUUGGCAUUUUGUUACAUGAUCCAAUCUGAAAGGUUUCAUGUGGGAGAUCUUUAUUCUUCAUGCAGUAUUAAGAAAUUUGAUCCAGCAAUUUUGAGUUUAUAUCAUGUCAUGCAGUAGUUGGAUAACUUGGAAAAAGAAUUGAACGUGUAAAUAGAUUCGUUGUUGUAGCUUCGUUAAGUUAUUUUAUUAUUGUAAUACUCUUAAGAUUUCUAUGCGUUUGUUUGUUUCUUU